UUGAAAGAAAUGUUUUUUAGAAACGUCAUUUAAAUUAUAUUUGUGUUUCUAAAUUGAACUUUUGAGGUAAAUGGCGGACUCAGCAGCUCCACAAGUGGCUAUAGAUUCAGUCCUUCAAAAGAGCGAUCCAAUGCCUGAAGAUUCAUUGCCUUGCAAAGGCUAUGAUUUUAGUCAAGGAGUAGACUACCAUGCUCUUCUCAGCAGCUAUCGUUACACUGGGUUUCAAGCAAUGCACUUUGGAAAGGCAGUAGAAGAAAUUAAUAAAAUGAUUGCUAAAAAGAAAGAGACUUAUGAAAGAAAUACUGAACAUCCUGAAGUAGAUUAUCUUCCUAAUGGACGACUCAAGAGCAACUGUUCAAUAUUCUUGUCAUAUACAUCUAAUAUGAUAUCGUCUGGUGUACGAGAGACWAUAUGUUACUUAGUCAAAAACAACAUGGUUGACUGUAUUGUAAACACUGCUGGAGGGAUAGAGGAAGACAUCAUGAAGUGCUUGGCACCAACAUACUUAGGAGACUUCAGACUUAGUGGCAAAACCCUCAGAUCCAAAGGACAUAAUAGAAUUGGUAACUUAGUGGUUCCUAACAAAAAUUAUUGUAUGUUUGAGGACUGGAUUCUUCCUAUACUGGACAAAAUGCUGGAGGAACAAAAAGAGGGUUUCAAGUGGACUCCCUCAAAGUUCAUUCAUAGACUUGGUAAAGAAAUCAACCAUCCUGAGUCAGUAUAUUACUGGGCAUACAAGAAUAAUAUUCCAGUGUUCUSUCCAGCUGUUACUGAUGGUGCUCUUGGUGAUGCAAUGUAUUUCCAUUCRUAUUCUAAUCCUGGACUUGUCAUCGAUAUCGUAGAAGAUGUCAGAAAUAUAAACAAUCAUGCAGUCCAAGCAAAGAAUACAGGCAUGAUUAUAUUAGGAGGAGGGUUAAUCAAACAUCACACUUGCAAUGCUAAUAUGAUGCGAAACGGAGCGGACUUUUCUGUGUUUGUUAAUACUGCGCAAGAGUUUGAUGGCAGUGACUCUGGAGCAAGACCUGACGAGGCUGUGUCAUGGGGCAAGAUUAAACCUAAUGCUACCCCAGUUAAGGUUUAUGGCGAAGCAACUCUAAUCUUCCCCCUACUGGUAGCUGAAACAUUUGCAAGGAAUUUUUAGCCAUGAAUUCUCAAAAUGUGGAGCRAAGCUCUAUAAAGUAUAAUCAAUAACCUAAUAGAUUGAUUUUUAAAUAUCUAUUUAAAUCACUGCUGGAAAUAAAAAGGAAAUAAAGGAGCGAGCGUAAUUUAUACACCMUGUUGUCAUCAAUCAGUUUCUUUACUCGUACAUCACAAACCAAUCAKUAAAUGAUGAGAUCAAGGACAAUCAUUUUAACUUG